AUACCACCUCACACACCCAGACAAGGCAUGGGUAGUACAAACCAAGCCUGCGUUCCUGAACAACGUGAUCAAUGUACCAUUAUCGAACAGCUUUUAUUUCACGACAACAUCAGACCGCCGACAAAAGAUGAUCGGUUAACCAUCAAAAUUCUUUUCUCUUCCGCCUGCAAAAUCCGCUUAAUUUUUGUUUAGAAAGAAGCGGCUCGUAGCCGACCUGCUGAAUAGAAGAACGAGUAUAUCGCAUUCAUCUCUGGUGCGAGGUCCUCUUGCCUCGGCUACGACUGCUCAUUUCAAGCAAAGAAACGAACAUCUGUGUUUAUAGCUCUCAACUUCUCGCCUUGACAAAACUCGAACCUUGCCGGCUUCAAACCGAUUCAACCGCCAAAACUUCCUCCCGUCUUAAUAUCGCCCGACGGGUGACACUUGAAUUUGGCAAAAUCACGGUCCGCCGCAGCGUGACAAGAACCUCCUGCGGCGGAGCUCAGCGUUAUACAAUAAUGACCGAGAAACAGAUCAACGUUCCUGCGAGGGCAUACGGCUUCCCACCAGACGCCUAUGAUCCUUCGCUUCUUCCCGAUUUUGACGUCAGUUUUCUCCGCCCGGAGGAUCUCGAGGCCUUUAUCCAGGCGCUAUCUGCUCCAGAUACCACCCAGCCGCCCGACGACGGCCUGGCAUCUCCCCGCAGCCCCAGCGCGCGAAGCUUUAGCAGUUUUGACUUUACCAAGCGCGCCUCGAGCGUACUACCCGACGAUGCACAAGUCGUCGCUGCGCAUGCGGCGGCCGCCGGCGGCGAGACUGCCCCUAUCCCAGGCGAUAACGAUACCAACAAUGCCAACGGGUUUGGCAACAGCUCGAGCCAAUCUUUGUUCAUAACGGCACAGUCGGAUUGGGCCCCCGUUCAUGAGAAAGUUGUAGGCUCUCAGACACAUCGGCAAAAGAAGAGCUCGCGGCGGCGGAAGCGUUCCAAGGCUGUAGCCCCGGGGCGCCGAACGCGUGACGAGACUCGCGAGGGGUACCUAUACGGACUUCUGAAGUGGCCUUUUCUGCUCAUAGUCGGGGCAUGGAUUGUCGGAUUGGCAGUCACGUACUUGUUCACACGCGCCUAUAUUUUCAUCUACGAGCAGUUUGUGGCUUGGAGAGGCCGCAGAGAGAAGCUUCGUCGCAAUAUGCGUGCCACGUCACGGUAUCCCGACUGGGUCAAGGCUGCUCGGGACCUGGACAACUUCUUGGGGAAUGAGGCGUGGAAGGAACAGAACGAGUUCGCCUACUACGACAGUAAAACCGUUCGGCGCGUGUGGGAUUCCCUUCGACGCUCCAGGAUAAGAGCGGCGCAGAUGGAAGCGAGCGGGUCUCAGUCAUCGUCGUCUUCCAACGAAGGCAAGACAACGCCAAUCGAGGAUCUCAAGGUUCUGAUUGAGGCAUGCGUCAAGAACAAUUUUGUUGGUGUGGAGAACCCUCGGCUCUAUAGCCAGACGUACUACGGCACCAAGAAUCUGGUGCAGAACUACGUCGACGAAGUCGAGAAAAGUCUCACGGCCUUGCUCGAAACUAAGCAGCUCAGCAUGGAAGACAAGAGGAGCAUUUUUAAACGGGUUAGUGCAAAUUACGGACGUACCGCGCUCUGCCUUUCGGGCGGCGCUUCAUUCGCCUACUACCACUUUGGUGUCGUCAAGGCUUUGCUGGAAGAGGACCUUCUUCCCGACGUCAUCACGGGAACAAGUGGGGGUGCUUUAGUCGCGGCUCUUGUAGCUACCCGCACCAACGAGGAGCUAAAGAAGCUACUGGUCCCGUCCCUGUCGACCAAGAUCACGGCAUGCAGGGAGCCCAUAACCGUUUGGUUCCGAAGAUGGUGGUCCACCGGGGCCAGAUUCGACUCGGUUGACUGGGCGAAGCAGUGCUCGUGGUGGUCACAUGGGUCCAUGACAUUCAGGGAAGCAUAUGAGAGGACGGGUCGCAUCUUAAACGUCUCGUGUGUGCCCGCCGACCCACACUCGCCAACAAUCCUCUGCAACUACCUGACCUCUCCUGACUGUGUCAUUUGGUCUGCAGUCUUGGCUUCGGCUGCUGUCCCGGGCAUCCUCAACCCUGUGGUGCUCAUGAUGAAGAAGGCAGAUGGUAAUCUUGCGCCCUACUCAUUUGGGCACAAGUGGAAGGAUGGAAGCCUGCGGACUGACAUUCCCAUCCGUGCGCUGAACCUGCAGUUCAAUGUGAACUUCACCAUUGUCAGUCAGGUAAACCCACACAUCAAUCUAUUCUUCUUCAGCAGCAGAGGCUCGGUUGGACAGCCCGUCACGCAUCGUCGUGGCAGAGGAUGGAGGGGUGGCUUUUUGGGCAGCGCUACUGAGCAGUACAUCAAGCUCGACCUCACCAAGUGGCUCAAGGUUCUCCGGCAGCUGGAGCUUCUUCCUAGGCCACUGGGUCAGGACUGGUCGCAACUAUGGCUUCAACAGUCGUUCGGCGGAACCGUCACAAUCUGGCCCAAGACGAUCCUAUCCGACUUUGUGCACAUCCUCUCUGAUCCAGAUAAUGCUCGUCUCGCACGCAUGAUUCACGAGGGCCAGCAGUCGACGUUUCCCAAGAUCAAGUUCAUCUCGAACAGGCUGCGCAUUGAAAGACUCAUUGAGCGUGGUCGGAGGGAGACGAGGCCUUAUAUCCGGCGCGGUAGUGUAGAGAGCAUUAUCAGCGAGGAUGACCUUCGGGAGCUCUUACUCCUUCGAGGAUCUACCAACGGCACAGAUGAGGAGAUCACCACCAACGACGAGAUGGAGUUUGCAUCGGACGAGAAGGCUGUGCUUACUGAAGAUGAGGGGCAGUUCGAUGGUGUCACUGAUAAUACAGAAGGCAGCCCUCUUUUGAAAUAGUCUCUAGAUAAUAGCAAGAAUGAUGUCAAAGGUUAGGCUAGUAUGCCCGUCAUAGAAGGAGUCGGUACCGUCAUAGAAGAAAUAGGCAACGCCAUGGGAGUUGUGCCUAUCAGGAGGACCUUUCGAAUUUUUGCGAACGGGGAUGAGGUGUAAACUAGUUUGAUAGACCAUCUGCAUUUUCUUUAUGUACAUCAUUAUUACUGCUUUAGUUCGGUUAUCUUUUUUCUCAUGUCAUUCGAUGAGAAGCUUCCUAUUUAGUGGGUGGUGUGUGCGUCUAGCGCAGUUUAGUUUCUAGCUUUGCCCAGUUCUAUGUAGAUGGACACAUGUGAGCC